AAUCAGUAACUGACAUUAAAAAACCCUAAUGUCACUUUAACAUUUAAUCAUUUUUGUCAGAUUGUAAGAUCAAUAACCAUUCCAAAUCCAAAGCGACGAAGAAGCAAGUCGUAACCUUGAUUUACCAUUUCUCAAGAUUCCCCCAAAAGCAUGGCUGCUCAGAUUAGCAAGAAGCGUAAGGUCAUUGUGAGUGGAAAGCUCCGUGCCUAGCGUGCUAAGUCUAUGAAGUUCAAGGAUGGUUACAUGAUAUCCUCAGGUUAUCCUGUCAAGGAAUAUAUUGAUUCUGCCGUUAGACACGUCCUUCUUAGACAUGAUGUGCUGGGUAUCAAAGUUAAAAUCAUGCUUGAUUGGGAUCCUAAGGGCGAGCAGGGCCCUAUGACCCCAUUGCCGGAUCUUGUCACCAUCCACCCUCCAAAGGAUGAAGAAGAGUUCAAAGAAAAGAAAGAGUAUGAAGCAGUUGUUCCCCCAACCAAUAUCGAGUUUCCGGUUCUGGUUUAGAGCCAUAAUGUUGAUGCCCCCAACCAAGUUUAUAUUACCUUUUAUGUUCAACACUAAUAUACAUUAGCAGGACCAUUACUGGAUGCCCCUGUAUGAAUUAAUGUCUUGCUGAGAUCCUUUAUUUAGGAUUUGGGUUUGAAUUAGAUUGAGUUGUUUUUAGUUUAGGUUGUUUUAAACUUGCGGAUUCAGGUCAAUUUGGGUUUGAGACUGUUUAAAUUCGGAUUUUUGACAAUUAUAAUAAAACCAUGUAGAAUAAUAGUUGAUCGAA